UGGAAGUGGCUGAGGGAGAGGAGAACGAUAAGCAACAACCCAGCUAUGCUGUCCAUGUUUAGAGGCGCUCACUGGGCCCACCAGGCCAGAAACAAUGCCUGUUUCUGUUAAAUUUAGACAGGUUAUCGGCCACCGCUCCUCUCCCUAGACAGUCUCUCACAGCACCACAGGGAAUACGGAGGCUACGGGAGAGCAGGAACAAAAUACCUCACUGGGAACAUGGGCCAAUCUGGGACUUCAUACUAUUUUUCUCUUGCUCUGAACCUCAGCAUCUUCCUCUUAGUUUUCUCCUAUGAGCUUAUGCCAGCCACAGCAGGCAGCUCUAAAUCGAGCUUAGAUGUAGAUACAUCUCCUAACGAAACUUCUUCACAUGAGACAUGUGGAGGUAGUUUUGAGUGCAAAGAGGGAGUGAUCUUGCCAAUGUGGAUGCCGGAGAACCCGUCUUUUGGGGAUAAAUUGGCCAGAGCCACUGUGUACUUUGUUGGUUUGUUCUACAUGUUCCUGGGGGUAUCCAUCAUUGCAGACCGCUUUAUGGCUUCCAUUGAGGUCAUCACAUCCCAGGAGAAAGAGAUAACCAUCAAGAAGCCAAAUGGAGAAACCACAACCACUACUGUUCGUAUUUGGAAUGAAACAGUCUCGAAUCUAACUCUCAUGGCUCUGGGUUCAUCAGCACCAGAGAUUCUGCUUUCCGUGGUUGAAGUGUGUGGACACAACUUUGACGCAGGCGAGCUGGGCCCAAACACCAUUGUUGGAAGUGCAGCUUUUAAUAUGUUUGUCAUCAUCGGUCUCUGUGUUUCUGUGAUACCAGAUGGAGAGCAUCGGAAGGUCAAGCACCUGCGGGUGUUUUUUGUCACCGCCACUUGGAGUAUCUUUGCAUAUACGUGGCUUUAUCUGAUCUUGGCGGUGAUUUCCCCAGGUAUCGUGGAAGUCUGGGAGGGACUGCUUACUCUCUUCUUCUUUCCAAUUUGUGUUCUUUUUGCUUGGGUUGCAGACCGCAGGCUUCUAUUCUACAAGUAUGUGUACAAACGUUACAGAGUCGGAAAACAAAGGGGGAUGAUCAUCGAGACCGAAGGUGAGCCAGAGCUCCAGUCAAAGGCGGAUAUCGAAAUGGACGGCGGGAUGCUUAACUCUCACGGCGAGGAGUUCUUAGACGGAACGGUGGAUGUUGAAGAUAAAGACAUGGAUGAGGAUGAGGCCAGGAGAGAAAUGGCUAGGAUAUUGAAGGAGCUGAAACAGAAACAUCCGGAAAAAGAGAUGGAGCAGCUGGUUGAGCUCGCGAACUACCACGUCCUCAGCCAACAGCAGAAGAGUCGUGCGUUCUAUCGCUGCCAGGCCACUAGACUUAUGACCGGUGCGGGUAAUAUACUAAAAAAACAUGCCGCAGACCAAGCCAGAAAAGCACUUGGCAUCCAUGAACUUCGCUCGGAAGUCUCAGAUAAUGAUCUUUCCUCCAAGAUCUUCUUUGACCCUGGCACAUAUCAGUGUCUUGAGAACUGUGGAACUGUGGCUUUGAAUGUGGUACGACGCGGCGGCGACUUAACUAGCACUGUGUCGGUGGAGUACCGCACUGAGGACGGCACUGCCAAUGCAGGCUCUGAUUACCAGUUCACAGAGGGUGUUAUAGUCUUCAAACCAGGUGAAACCGAAAAGGAGAUAAGAGUGGACAUCAUUGACGAUGACAUUUUUGAAGAAGACGAACACUUCCUGGUUCAUCUCAGCAACGUCAAGGUCAUAUCUGAAGGAACCGACAAUGGGAACCCAGGCGCCAAUCAUGUGGACACAUUAGCUGGCCUUGGCCUUCCUUCAACAGCUACUGUGACUAUCUUUGAUGAUGACCAUGCUGGCAUCUUCACAUUUGAGGAACCAAUGGUUCAUGUCAGUGAAAGCAUUGGUAUGAUGGAGGUGAAGGUGGCACGUACCUCUGGAGCCCGUGGAGUAGUGGUAAUCCCCUAUAAAACAAUUGAAGGCACAGCAAAAGGUGGAGGAGAGGACUUUGAAGAUACCCAUGGUGUCUUGGAGUUCCAGAACGAUGAGAUUUCCAAAACUAUUCAGAUCAAUAUAAUCGAUGACGAGGAGUAUGAAAAGAAUAAGAACUUCUUCCUGGAGAUUGGAGAGCCACAAAUGGUGGAAAUGAGUGAGAGAAAAGCUAUGUUGCUGCAUGAAUGUGGUGGAUUCGUAAAGACAGAUAAGCAGCUUUAUGGCAGGGAUGUGUACCGGAAAGUGCAGGGUAGAGACAAGCCAAUUCCCUCCACCAUUAUCAGCAUCACAGAGGAUGGGGAAGAGGAGACCCUGACUAAAAAAGAGAAGGACGAGAGGCGUAUUGCUGAGAUGGGUCGCCCAACACUGGGCGAACAUGUAAAAGUUGAAGUAAUCAUUGAGGAGUCCUAUGAGUUUAAGAGCACAGUCGACAAACUCAUAAAGAAAACCAACUUGGCCCUUUUGGUUGGGACCAACAGUUGGAGAGACCAGUUUGUAGAAGCCAUCACUGUCAGCUCAGGGGACGAUGAUGAUGAAGAGUGUGGGGAAGAAAAGAUGCCAUCUUGCUUUGACUACGUCAUGCACUUCCUGACUGUGUUCUGGAAGGUUCUGUUUGCGUUCGUGCCGCCCACUGAUUACUGGAACGGCUGGGCGUGUUUCAUCGUGUCCAUCAUCAUGAUUGGCGUCCUCACUGCGUUCAUUGGAGACAUUGCAUCCCAUUUUGGAUGCACUAUUGGCCUGAAAGACUCUGUAACUGCGGUUGUGUUUGUGGCUCUGGGAACCUCUGUGCCAGACACAUUCGCUAGUAAGGUGGCAGCCAUCCAGGAUCAGUACGCUGACGCCUCCAUCGGCAAUGUGACGGGCAGCAAUGCUGUGAACGUCUUUCUGGGCAUCGGAGUGGCCUGGUCCAUCGCUGCCGUAUAUCACCAGGCAAAGGGCCAGUACUUCCGCGUGGACCCCGGCACGUUGGCGUUCUCCGUCACCCUUUUCACCAUCUUUGCCUUCAUCUGUGUCGCCGUCCUCAUGUACCGCCGCAGGCCCGAGAUCGGGGGGGAACUUGGUGGCCCGCGGACUCCCAAAAUCCUGACCACAACGUUGUUUUUCAGUCUCUGGCUGAUGUACAUCAUCUUAUCCUCCAUGGAGGCAUAUUGCAUCAUCAAGGGUUUCUAAAUCAGGCAUGAGUUGAUGCCGCAGACAGGAUGCCGUCGUUAAAAUCCUCGUAAACAGGACUGACAGGAGGAAAGGGUUCAAAAGAGGAGUUCAAAGCAGCCAUGGAGGACUGCAGAUGUUUUUUUGUGCGUUGUUGUGUUAUCCACUGUAUGUUUCGUAUGUGUGUGAAUACACGCGUGUUUCUGCUGUUGAGAUGAUUCUAGUCUUCAAAGAAGAAAGAAAGAGGGACUAAGCGUUUUAAAAAUUUACAUCUUUUUUUUUUGUUUUUUUGUUUUUGACAAAGCUGUAAAGAUUUCAGGAAAAAUAUAGUAUUAAAAUGUUAUUGAUUUGGUUGACUGAAUAAGCUUCAAGGCCUGUUCACACAAAGAAUGAUAACUAUAAAGAUAACUAUAUUAGCUUUCACACCAGCGGACUGUCGAUUUAAAUGCUCAAGCUCUUUAAACUAGGAUGGAUUCUGAUUGGCUGUUAAUGUCUUUAUCAUUCAUCAGGUGGAAAAAAUCAUUGUGAAAGUGAUUCCAACAAUAUUGUUUAUCUGUGCCGUUAACUGUGGACUCUUUUACAUUUAAAACGAUUUUUAAAACUAUAUUUUUAUCGUUAUCGUUACAGUUAGCAUCCUUGGUGUGAACGGGCCUUUAGCCUUUUGAAAUCUGUAAUAUGACAACAACAGAUUCAAUUUGAUUCAAAUGACGUCUAAAAUUCCAGUGGCAUCAAAAAUGUCAUUUUUUGGCCAAAUGAUACAAAAACGAAUGACCUUUGAACCUUCAGUGGUCACGCAAUCACUGUCAUUUUAAAUCUCAUUUAUAUACUUGAAACAUUUUGCAGGAGAGGAAUGUUCAGUAAGCAGAAAUCAUAGAGUAAACGAACUCAAAAUCUGUGUUUAAAGAUGAAGAUAUCUGCAACGAACACUUUUUGGACCUACAAACGGGUGUUUUAAAUGACGAACGAUGUCAAGAGACUUUUUUUCCUUCAGAUUUUAAGACAUAAACGUGUGGAUUUGUGAGUAUUAUAAGCUUUUGACUUGAUUUUAUUUGAGAUUUACAUAAUUCAGUGUGUUCAAUGUUUCUAAGUAACCUAAAAAAUGAUUUAGAGAAAAACACUGUGCCACCUUCCAGCCUGGUUACAUGGGACAAUGUCUCUCAGCUCAACUCCACAGACUUCAAAGGAGACAGUUACUGAGGACAGUCGAAAAUAAUAUUAAAUGUAUUGCAAUAUUUUUUGUGUGUGUCCGAACUUGUAUAUUAUGUGUUUUUCAUUAACUUUUCCAUACAUUUCUAGUGCAGGUAUCAGUAGUUUUAGUACAUACAAUCAAAUUAAAUCCUGUCUGUCUGAGUAUUUAGUCAAGAAGAUCUGUGAGAAGAUAUUUUGACUUUGUACAAAAGCAAAUUUAGAAGCUGUUGUUUUUAUUCUUUUUAAUACUACUAUAUGAGGAAUGCAUGUUAUAUCUCCUGUGUUUUUGUGACUUCUCCCUUUAUGAAGAAAAGGCUGUAUUUUUGUAAUUCACAGUACAACACCACAUCUAUGAUAGAAAGUCAACUGAGACACUGGGAAUAUGUUCUUAUUGUAAAUAGUGUUCAGUCUUCAAAUAGGCAGGCCUAAUUCAGGAUAUAUGACUAUUUUUACUCAUUUGAGGACACAAGCGCACUGGUAAAAGCUUUUUUUCUUUUUCACUUUUUUUGGUCAGGACAUAUUACACACACGCGCGCGGGUGGCACUAUUUAUCUACUCCAGCACGAGUCACUCGACUCCCAGCCUCAUUUACAGUAGGCCUACAUUUCGCAGACAUGUUGAAGUAGUUUUCCCUCGCUUGUGCGAGUGCUCAGUACCUGUAAGUUUCAUUCUGAUUAAUGUCAUCUGUAUGAUAAUACAAUCUUUUUAUUUGGGA